AGCACUCGCGAAAGGUCUAAAGCUAUUUUAUGAUCUACUUUCCUGGACAAAGAAGAAGAUAGAGGCAUUUUUAUAAAAAUAAUUACUUCUCGUCUUCUUUGCUCGACAUUUACCUCCCGACCCGCACUGCAAAUCCAUGGUGGCUUUCUGAGUUCUAGUUCAAUCGCCACCCAACCCAAUAUUUGACAGACUGCCCUUGGACCCUAAACCCAAACUCGGAAGAUGUCCCAUCGAUCCUUCUCCGUCCUGAAACGGGUCAUCACCCACCACCCGAAUUCCUCUCAUCUCCUCUCCUCCCAGAGAUCCGUAACAUACAUGCCCCGUCCGGGAGACGGUGCGCCCCGACCCGUUACCCUCAUUCCGGGCGACGGUAUCGGCCCCCUCGUGACGGGAGCCGUCGAACAGGUGAUGGAGGCCAUGCACGCGCCGGUCCAUUUCGAGAAGUAUGAGGUGCACGGCAAUAUGAAGCAAGUUCCCCAGGAAGUUUUGGACUCCAUCAGGAAGAACAAGGUGUGCUUGAAAGGCGGCCUCAGGACCCCUGUAGGCGGUGGCGUCAGCUCUCUCAAUGUGCAGCUCAGGAAAGAGCUCGAUCUUUACGCGUCCCUCGUGAAUUGCUUUAAUCUACCAGGGCUCCCUACGCGCCAUGAGAAUGUUGAUAUAGUUGUUAUUCGGGAGAAUACUGAAGGGGAAUACUCGGGACUAGAGCACGAGGUGGUUCCCGGUGUUGUCGAAAGCCUCAAGGUGAUAACAAAGUUUUGUUCUGAGCGCAUUGCAAAAUAUGCUUUUGAGUAUGCUUAUAUAAACAGCAGAAAGAAAGUGACAGCUGUGCACAAAGCCAAUAUCAUGAAGCUUGCCGAUGGUUUAUUUCUUGAAUCUUGUCGAGAAGUUGCCACAAAAUAUCCUGGGAUCAAGUUCAAUGAGAUUAUUGUGGAUAACUGCUGCAUGCAACUGGUUUCCAAGCCUGAGCAAUUUGAUGUCAUGGUGACACCAAAUCUGUAUGGCAAUCUUGUUGCAAACACGGCUGCGGGCAUAGCUGGUGGCACUGGAGUUAUGCCUGGAGGGAAUGUUGGGGCUGAUUAUGCUGUUUUCGAGCAAGGUGCUUCAGCUGGGAAUGUGGGAAACACAAAUUUGGUGGAACAAAAGAGAGCAAACCCAAUUGCUCUUCUUCUGUCCUCUGCUAUGAUGCUGAGACAUCUCCAAUUUCCAUCGUUUGCUGAUCGACGAGCCACGAAGUUUGUGGGCCAACUGAGCUCACUAGCCGCUCGCGAGCUCAUGUUUUUUUUUUUUACGAGCCCACGAGCCGUCAAAAUGGCUCGUGGGAUAGAGUCCCUUGCUCGACGAGCCCGAGCCGUCCACAAGUCGGAUUUUAACGAGCCAAGUGGCCAAGCCAACGAGCCACCCGGUCCAUUUGAUAUCCCUACCUUUAGCGGAACAUCAUUCUUUCCAAGAAAUCUUUUGUACACAAGAUAUCAUGAAAGCGAUUGA